AUGCUUCGCUGGUACCAACGAAAGCUGGCCUCCCGGCCGUUAUUGACGCAGAGCGUCACCACUGCCGUGCUAUUCGCAGUCGGCGACAUCACUGCCCAACAGGCCGUCGAGAAAAAGGGACUUGAGAAGCACGAGCUCGCCCGCACAGGCCGCAUGUUCCUUUACGGUGGUGCGGUCUUCGGCCCCGCGGCGACGACCUGGUACGGGAUCCUGCAGCGGUCGAUCCAGCUGCGGAACAAGAAGGCGGAGAUGGUGGCGCGCGUGGCGGCCGACCAGCUGCUCUUCGCGCCGACCUUCAUCGGCGUCUUCCUCUCGAGUAUGGCCGUCAUGGAAGGGGGCCCGCCCAAGGAGAAGCUGGCCAAGAGCUACUGGCCCGCGCUGCAGACCAACUACCUCAUCUGGCCCUUCGUCCAGAUGGCCAACUUCACCCUCGUCCCCCUCGAGCACCGCGUGCUCGUCGUCAACCUCGUCAGCAUCGGCUGGAACUGCUACCUCAGCAUGAUCAACAGCCAGAAGUGA